UGUUUUGAUUGCGGUGUAAAAGCACCUACAUGGACCUCAGUUCCUUUUGGAAUCUUCAUUUGCCAAGACUGCGCUGCAGCUCAUCGGAAUCUCGGUGUUCACAUUAGUUUUGUAAAAUCAACUCUUCUGGACUCAUGGACAACCGAACAGUUAGAGAUGAUGAAACAAGGUGGAAAUCAGGCUGCU